GUGGACCUGUAGCUUCAGACGCGUGGGAGAGAUUUGAGAGACACCAGAGGGCCCUGUCUGCACUCAGAGAAACAGAGACUAGACCUGAACAUAAAGAUACUGAAUCAGAGGAGGGUCAACAUCAUGUCUGCCCAGGAUUGAGAGCUGCUGAGUGUUUGGUUAAGGGGGCUAUGGAGAGUGCCGAGCAUCCAGUGGGGGGCGGCGAUGAAAGCCCCUCUGAAGCUGACUCUCUAUGGGGGACGGACGAGCCACUGAGCGUGGGCCCCCGAGGCCAGAUGAGCCCUGACUGCUGUGAGGACAUGGAGGACACAGAAUUUCUGGUGUCUCAAUGUCUCCUCUCCACCAGCUCAGGAGCAGAGGAGUCCAGCCACAGCUACAGCCCAGCCUGGGCCCUGGCCUUCUAUGGAGGGGACUGUUUUAGUCAGGAUGUGGUGGAAUAUGCUAGGAACUUGGGACAGCAUAGUGAGUCCCCAUGCCUGGAGCUGAAAACACAGGAGCUUCAACAGCAGCUUAUGAUCGAGACGAAGAGUCUGAAAAAGACCAGACAUUUCUACCAAAAGCUGCUCCAUCAAGAGAGAAAAAACAAACGUUCGGAUGCUAGAUUGAUGCUGUCCAAACUCAAAGUCCAGCUUGAGGAGUUGAGGUCCAAAGUGGAGUUUCUAGACUCUAUAAAGAAAUAUCUGGAGGUUCUGAGUGUGGAUCAAUGGGGUGUGGAUGUGUCCCUCCUUCCCUCCCUGGCAGCCUCUGAUCCAGGGAGCCCUCUGGAUCUCCAGCCCUCAGAGGAGCCUGCCGUGUUGGAAUUGGUGUCUUUGUCUGGGGCAGGGACAGGGAAGAGCAGCCUGCAGGCCGCCACACCCCUGGAUUUCAUGUCCUACCUCUAUGCCAGAAAUGCUCCACUGGAGGGUUAUAUCCAACAGUUCCUGUACACUUACCGCUAUUUCUGUACCCCUCAAGAACUCCUUCAGUUCCUGAUGGGCAAAUUCACCAGUGUAGCAGCAGGAGGUGAUCCAGAUGUGUCAGGGGACAGUGCUAAGGUGUACCACCGGAGUCUGGACGUGCUGCAAACCUGGCUGACUGACUACAUAAUGGUGGACUUCAGCCCCAAGUCCAGCCUGCUGAUGACCCUGGAAAACUUCCUCACCACUGAAGUGUCUCCGUUAGACAGUAGAGGAGAGAGACUUUUGACCACUCUACAGAGGUCUCCCAGGAAGAGGUGGAGCCAAGGCUGUGGGAGCCCAAUCAGCAUGCAGGAGGAUGAUGAUGAUGCACUGUCUGUCCAUACCUCAUGCAGAAAAUCAGCUAUUGAGUACUCUGGAAGGAAGAGCUUCCAGUGGAGGAUAUCCAGGGUGGUUGAGCCCCAGUCGACCCAGCCUAAAGACAAGGCCUACUCCAUAGCAGCAGCCCUGCCCCGGCCCUACUACACCUCCCUUAUGGAUGACAUCUCCAGUGCCUGCCUCAGAAGCGAAGAGAGACACCCCUUUAGUCAGAGUGAACACAGCGCCCAACACACUGCACAGCAACUCACUCUACUACAGCAGGAAAUGUUUCAAGGCUGUCACCCAAUUCAUUUCCUCAACUCUAAAUUUCAAGGAGUCAGGGACAAAGCUGUUUGUGUCACCAAACAUGCGUCACACUCUGUUCCUCCAGUAGAGGGCAGCAGUCUAUUUGUUCACGAAGGGACUCCACAGGACAGCCACCUCCAACAGCUACUGAGAUAUGCUGACAGCGUCUCCAAUUGGGUCUCUGCAGAUCUCGUCAUCUGUGAUUCGAUAAAGAUCCAAGCGGCUUUGCUCACCAAGUUUCUCCUAAUUGCCAAACACUGCUAUGAAUCAAGAGACUUUGCCACAGCAAUGCAGGUCCUUGGAGGCCUGGAGAAUGUGAUUGUCAGGCAAUUACCGGCUUGGAAACAUCUGUCUACCAAGGUGUGUGAGGUCCUUGAGGAUCUGCGAGCCGUGCAGGUCUUUCUGAAGAGUGAUAACCUGUGUCUGAUGGGAGGAGAGCAUGUGAGGAGGAGACCCACCCUCCCUGCUGUCCACAUCCUGGCCAUGCACAUCCAGCAGCUGGAGAUAGGAGCCUUCACUCUGACCAGUGGCGCCUACAAGUGGCCAAAACUCAGAACCAUAGCCAAGGUGGUGAGUCAGGUGCAUGCAUUCCAGGAGACGGUGUACUCCUUCACUCCUGACCCGGGGCUGCAGGCCUACAUCAGACUAAGAAUAGCCCACCUCAGUGGCUGUGACAUUCCCCUGCUGGCUGCAGACAACGAGGCCAACUUCCACCACAACCCCACUGACCGACACACCCGCAGGAUCCAGGACACACUGAAGAGGGUGAAGGCCACCUUUCAGUGACCCCCAUCCUUGCUAAUCUAGGAUCAAUUUGGUUUAUUAAGUCAUAAUGAAUAUGAUUAUAUGGACAGAGAGGACCUAUUCCUAGCCCAGGUCAGACAACUACUCAACAGACUUUGAACCCUCCACACCCCACUGGGUUCCUAUAGUAGCAGGGACUGGGUGGGUGUCUGGGAAAAACUGUUCUUUUUUCUCUGUUUAUUGGUAAUAUAUAUUUUUUGUAAGAAUCCAGCUCAACCUCCCACAUUGCACCCCAUAGCCUGACAACCCACAGCACACAUCCAACUCCUUGAUUGUCUCCAAAGCGGACUCCAAUGUCAAGUGAAACUUUGGAAUGUUUUUUUUAUUUUUUAUAUUGGGAUGAGGAGAGUAGAAAACAGUAUGGGACUUUUAAAAAUCCUUCUGGUGGAGGCAUAUGAUGCUUGCGUUUCUCUUACACAAAUUUUGAUUGCUCGUCUCCGAGACAACAUAAUGAUGAUAAUGUGCAACAAUGUUUCAUGAUGAGUUGACGUAAUGUCUUUAGUUCACUAAGUGUACUAUGCUAAAUUAGAUAUUUUGAUACAACCACAGAUAGCUAAUGACCAUUUUCAUCCCUCCGGAGCACCAUUUUAAAUACAUUGACAAUGGUUAUUUGACAUGAUAAUUACAGCAUUUCAAGAUACAAGAGAAAUAUCAAAAUCAUGAUGUAUUGUGCCAUUAUGACAAAAUGAUUUCAAAUACCUGAAUAAUUGCUAUAGUUCCACACACUAAGUGUUGUUUUCUUUUUAAACAAACGUUAAUGUUGCAAUGUAACUAUGGUGUAUAGAGGCUACAAAGUCUUGCAUGAUCAUACUUGCAAAGGAGAAAUUAGAUAAUUUUCUAAACAUGUGAUUUGCAAACUAAUUGAAACAACUGCAAUAAAUGUUUUAAUAGAUUGAGUUUGCUACACAUUUUAAGCAUGGUAUGCUACCUUCUUGUCCCUGGUUGAUUAAUGCUAAAACAUCAUGAAAUGUUCUGUCUCUCUUUCAGUUCAAAAAAAAAUAGAUCAACAUACAUGCAUGUGGCAAAACAGAAACAUAAACAUUGGCAUAAUCAUACUACCAUAUUUAGCACAUUGAUAUCUUGUUAAGUUAAUUGUCGUUUUAAAUGGUGUAUUGAAUAUGAGAAUGAAGUGCUGUACUUACAAUUAAUGUAUGUCUCCUAGCACUAUUUCAAGCAUCUAAAAACGCAAAGUAAAUUACCUUGUAAUCUUUCAUGUUUCAGAGUCUGAUGUAAAUGUGCUAAAUAUGUUAGUUUAUGCCAAAUGCCUCUUUUGUUUGGUGUUUUCCCACAUAUGGUCAUAUAUUUUCUGACUGAAAGAAAAGUUCAUGAUUUUUAUAUAAUUCAUCAACCAGGGGACGAGAAUGUAGCCCACCAUGCUUAAAAAUGAGAAGCAAACUCAAUCUAUGAAAAUAUGUAUUGUAUCUUACUUGUGUUUUUGUAUGGAUUUAUAGCAACACCACAAACAAACAAAAACAACCUGAUCGCUGAGGAUCGGAAAGCAUGCGUCAGUGGCAGGCUCAUUGUGUGUGGAGAUGUUAUAGUUGUGCGUCCAAUUUGUCUCCGACUACUAAGGACGUUGCCACAGAGGCGAGGAAAUAUGCUCUGUAUGGAAGCGACUUCCCCCGGCGGCGUCCCGUGAGGACCGGACAGCUUCCAUUGUUAUCUGACGGGAUCAGGGCACCUCUUCAAAGCACUCGAGAUAAAGGGUCGUAAUUGGGAGGCUGAGAAGCAAUAGUCAGAUCAUCGAUAAAGGAGACAUUCAAUAUAUCCUUAUCUGCAUUGUCAUAGCUAAGCGAUAAUUUUAGGGGUAUUGUCCCGUAGCUGCUGGGGGUCUUCCAUCUGAAGAGACUGAAACACGUGAAGGGCUUCGUAUACAGAGAGAAGGGACACCUGGCGACAUUGGCCUGGUUGGAUCAUUUGGGUUGACAUUAUUUCUUCAACUUUCCAUUUCUAGAUGUUUUUGACAUUCUUUCUGGCGAACAUCUGGCUGGAAUGCAAUUUUGAACAGGCCUCUUUGGGGAUAUUUUACGCAUGUGUAAGCUAUGCAAAACCACAUGUACUGUAGCCAUUGUAGGCGUUUUUCAGACUUUUUUAGAGCUUGCUCUCCAUUAUUUACAUUACAAUCAAACCUAAUUGUGUUGCUACUGUAAUACCUUUGAUCUGUAAUGUUUAAACCGACUGCGCCAAAUGCUGUCUGUUGGGCCAGUGGCGCCAGUGCUCACCGGGGUAUCGAAGAGGUGUUAAUGCUAAACCAUUAGAGUAGUAUUUUACUUGCCUUUGCUUUACAUUUGAUUUUAGUGUUGUGGAAGGGGCUUAGAAAGGAAUGAUGUAAAUGACCAGACUGCAAUGUUGUGUAAAAUCAUUUAAAUAAUUAAUAUCAGAGUGGUCAACUAUAAAGGAUGAUAAAAUAUAAUUCCAUUCCCAUAAAAUCAUAGAGGCCACAGUGAUUGCCUGAAAUGUAUGUGUACGAACCCACGACCGGCUUUAAACGUUUCAAUCAGGUGGGGUGCAGAACUCCACUUUUGGUUUAGUUUAAUAAAAUAUAUUGUUGCAAAAGCUU